AUGGUUACCCGAUGCAGUUCAAAGGUUACCGGGGCAAACAAAGGCAUUGGGUUGGAAAUAGUGCGAGGAUUGUGCAGACAAUUUGAGGGGACUGUCUACCUAACAGCUAGAAAUGAGAAGCUCGGACAGGAGGCUGUCCAAAAGCUGGUGUCUGACGGCCUGAACCCCAGCUUCCACCAGUUGGACAUCACAGAUGAGCAGAGUAUUCAGGCACUGAAGAAACAUCUGCUGGACAAGCAUGGGGGCCUGGACGUGCUGGUUAACAAUGCAGGGUUUGCUUACAAGGUGGGAGAUACGACCCCAUUUGGGACCCAAGCAGAAGACUCUGUGGGGAUCAACUUCUUCGGAACCCUGGCUGUCAGCAAAGCUCUGCUGCCCAUCAUCAGACCUCAUGGAAGGGUAGUGAAUGUGUCCAGCCAAGCUGCUCAGAUGGCUUUGAAGAAAUGCAGUGCCGAAUUACAGGCCCGCUUCAGGGACAGGAGCAUCAAGGAAGAGGAACUUGUGGAGUUGCUGCAUAAGUUCAUUGAGACGGCGAAGGAAGGGAAGCACCAGGAGAACGGUUUCGCCGACUGGGCGUACGGCAUGUCGAAGAUCGGCAUGAGUGUCCUGACAUUCAUCCAGGCACGGGAGAUGGAGAAGGACGCCAGAGAGGACAUCCUGGUCAACUGUGUGACUGGGGCAAACAAGGGGAUUGGGCUGGAAAUAGUGCGAGGAUUGUGUAAACAAUUCGAGGGGACUGUCUACCUAACAGGUAAAAAUGAGAAACUCGGACAGGAGGCUGUCCAAAAGCUGAAGUCUGAGGGCCUGAACCCCAGCUUCCACCAGUUGGACAUCACAGAUGAGCAGAGUAUUCAGGCACUGAAGAAACAUCUGCAGGACAAGCAUGGGGGCCUGGACGUGCUGGUUAACAAUGCAGGAUUUGCUUACAAGAUGGAAGAUACGACCCCAUUCGGGACCAAAGCAGAAAACUGCGUGGGGAUCAACUUCUUCGGAACUCUGGCUGUCAGCAAAGCUCUGCUGCCCAUCAUCAGGCCUCAUGGAAGGGUAGUGAAUGUGACCAGCCAACGGGCUAAGGUGGCUUUGAAGAAAUGCAGUGCCGAAUUACAGGCCCGCUUCGGGGACAGGAGCAUCAAGGAAGAGGAACUUGUGAAGUUGCUGCAUAAGUUCAUUGAGACGGCGAAGGCAGGGAUGCACCAGGAAAACGGUUUCGGCGACUCAACUGCAGCGUACGGCAUGUCGAAGAUCGGACUGAUCGUCCUGACGUUCAUCCAGGCACGGGAGAUGGAGAAGGACCCCAGAGAGGACAUCCUGGUCAACUGUGUCUGUCCUGGUUGGUGCAAGACCGAUAUGACGGGCUACGACUUACCAACAAGAACUGCCGCUCAAGGCGCAGACACAGCCAUUUUCCUGGCUCUCAUCCAACCCAAGGAGUCACAGGGACAGUUCUUCUAUGACCGUAAACCCAUAGCGUUCUACGAGUAAACAUGGAAGGAAAGGCAUGAGAUAACGUUUCGUGAUUAACACAAAUGGAGGCUAAUUCACUGUGCGCACGUUUCGGUUUCCCAUAGAUGGCCGAUUCGGAGCCUCUUUUUUAAAUUUUUUUUAUUGCAUUACACAACAAAUACAUAAAAUUUGCAGAAAACAAAAGGACAGAGUUCAAGAACUAAUAAUGACAUAAACCACGGAUCCAUAAGAGAAGGUGGAAAAUAAAUAAACUAUAACGUAAAUGAAUAAUAUCUACCCUAAAGAAAAGCAGAAUAACAAAUGGUAAAUAUUAUAACAAAAUAGCAAUAUACAGCAAAAGAAAAUGACAACAUCAAUGACUUACAGAUUUACUUAAUUAAUAUUUGCUCGAAUAUGACAGAGGGAUGAUAUCAAACAGAAAUAAACAUGACAGAAUGAUGAAAAAUAAAUAUGCUAACGUCAAUAAUAUCAGAACAAUUAAUGUCAAACAUAAAUAAUGGAGACGAAUCAAUGGUUGAAAUAUCAAACUGAACAUAACAAACAUAAGAUCAGUCAACAAAUACAGUAUUUACACGUGAUCAGAAUUAAGUGUUUGUGCCAUUUGCCCCCAUUUUUUGACAGUUUCUUUCUUUCUUGCUUUGUCGGAUAUAGUUCUUUUUGUACCGCGGUAUGACCAGCGUUCGGCGUAACACACCACUCAAUUUGUAAUUUGAGUUGUGAUAAAUAAGCUAACAUUUAGU